GCUGUGCUGGUGCCUACGGAAACUUUGCCCGACACACCCAUCGUGAGAGGCUAUGACUUCACGAAUGGCCGGGAGCUCGAUGGCAUUAUGGAGGCUAUGCUAACUACGGGAUUUCAGGCAACCUCGUUUGGGCAGGCUAUCCUUGAGGUCAACCGCAUGAUCAACUGGCGUCUAAGUGAUGAGCCAGUGGGUCCGUCCACCGACCCAGAUCACACAGACCCGGAGUUCCGCGCGUCCACCCGGUGCCUCAUUUUCCUGGGCUUCACCUCGAACCUGACCUCUGCUGGAGUUCGCGAGCACAUCAGAUACCUGGUGCAGAACCGCAUGGUAGACGUGUUGGUAACGACGGCAGGAGGCAUCGAGGAGGAUUUCAUCAAGUGCAUGGGACAUACAUACCUGGGGGACUUUCAACUUAAAGGCGCUGAGCUGCGAAUGAAGGGUCUCAACCGCAUCGGCAACAUGCUGGUCCCGAACUCCAAUUACUGCAAAUUUGAAGACUGGAUCAUACCCAUUCUGGAUGCCGUGCUCAAGGAGCAAAACGAGCAGGGGGUGAACUGGACGCCGUCCAAGCUCAUCGACAGGCUUGGAAAAGAGAUCAACCACCCGGACUCGAUUUACUACUGGGCACAUAAAAACAGCAUCCCCGUCUUCUGUCCUGCCAUCACCGACGGCUCAAUCGGAGACAUGCUCUUCUUCCACUCCUACAAGAGCCCUGGGCUAAGGGUGGACGUGGUGGAGGACAUUCGGCGCAUCAACGACCUUGCCAUGCGCGCAUCACCGCGGAAAACCGGCAUGAUUAUCCUCGGAGGAGGCGUGCCCAAGCAUCACGUCUGCAACGCGAACCUGAUGCGCAACGGUGCCGAUUUUGCGGUUUAUAUCAACACAGCGCAAGAGUUUGAUGGCAGCGAUAGCGGCGCGCGGCCCGACGAGGCGGUGUCGUGGGGCAAAAUUCGCAUGGACGCAAAGCCGGUUAAGGUGUGCGGCGACGCAACGAUCCUGUUUCCCCUGCUGAUUUCCCAAACCUUCGCACGACAUUGGCGGCCCGUGGAGGCGCCGCGCAAGAAGCCGGAAAAGGUUGAGGAGAAUGGAGUCGUCAAGGCGACGUUUGACUGACCUUUGUUUGGCCAUCUGAACCAACAGAUUCGACCAGAAUGGAAUUGUAAGAGAUGCAUUAUCUAUCUGCAGUGGGGAAGAAGUCCGCAGGAGGAAGCGAAGGAGCGCAGCUUCUCACUUGUGGUUUCGGACAGCAGGCGGAGGGGGGUGUUGUACAUACGUGCACGAAAAUAAUCGGUUUGUGUGUAUGACCGCGUCGUAGUGUUUUGGAGCGCUUAGCCAUCGCGAUCGCGUUCCGUUCGCGCUGUUGCACCAUCUGGUCCUCGGAAGCGUUUGUUGCGCGCUGUCCGCGGGCUGGCUUGCAGGAGGGCCUGGAGCUGCUGUUUCAUGAUCUAGCUGUGUCGACGGGACGGGUUUGAUACAUUGGUGGUAAUAGCUGCAUUC